ACGUGAGACACCAACUACAGACACAAUCCAUAUUCAUUGACGGCUUAAAAAGGAAGCCAUACAUAUUAAGCAAAGUAUUUAGCAUUAUUAGGCCAUACAGAAACCAAACCCUGCAACAUUCAAGAUCCAAUUAUGUCCACAGAUGAUAUGUUUAUCUGGACAGCCAUUUCCAUUGCAGUGGCAGCUCCACUCUUACUCUUACUCCUCCACAGUUUCCUAUGCCGGAAAAAUAAAACCAAGCCAAGGCGAUUACCACCGGGUCCUUCAGGUUGGCCAUUGAUCGGAAACCUCUUUCAUGUAGGCUACGACUAUAAUGCUCUUCACAAAAGAUUGGUAGGAAUUCAAAAGAAAUAUGGACCGAUUUUCAUGAUACGUGUGGGUUGGCAGAAUAUGCUGGUUAUUGCUUCUGCUGAUGCUGCUAUGGAGUUGUUCAAAACUCAUGAUCAAGCUUUUUUCAAUCGUCAGCCAAUCCAGACGCUACAACUACCAGAUGAUGAUAUUUAUCAGCUGACUCCAUGGGCUUCAUAUGGACCAAUCUGGCGAAUCAAUAGACGUCUAUAUGCAUCUCUAUUCUCUCGUACGACAAUGAAUAGCACAUUAGGUAAACGAAGACAAUUUUUAGAUCAGAUAAUAGAAUGGCUAUUAGCAGAAGAGAAGGAAGGUAGAAGUGUUGAAAUAAAACACUUAACUUUGGUUGCAUUUGCUAAUUUAUUUGGAAAUCUCUUCUUUUCUAAGGAUGUUAUGGAUCUUAAAUCUGCCUCUGGGAAUAAACUCUAUCAACUUCUCGAGGAGAUUGUAGUGGUAUCUUCAAAGCCUAAUGUUGCUGAUGUCUAUCCAUGGCUAAGAAAUUUAGAUCCACAGAAUUUAGCCAGCAGAAUGAAAAAGGCACAGGAUGCAUUUGUAAAUAUUAUUGAUGAGUUUGCAAAGGAGAGAAAGAGCAGGGAUACUGAUUGGCGCAAUAACAAAGAGGAGAAGGAUUACUGGGAUCUGUUGAUGGAUUUCGAAGGCAACGGCAAAGAUGAACCAAUGAAACUGUCAGAUAGAUAUAUUAAUUUUUUUAUAACGGAAAUAUUUAUCGCUGGAAUCGACUCAAUAAUAACUCCCCUAGAAUGGGUAAUGACAGAAGUUAUGCGCAAUCCCGAAGUAAUGAGGAAGGCCAAAGAUGAGAUCGCCCAAGUUGUUGGUUAUAAUAAAAAGAUUGAAGAAAGUGAUGUUGAAAGCUUACCUUAUCUUGGUUCGGUGAUUAAAGAAACACUGAGAUUGCAUCCACCGGCUCCUAUGCUAAUACCACGAACUAUUGUGGAAGACACAGAGUUCAUGGGGUAUAUAAUUCCGAAGGACACAGCAGUGUUGGUUAACUUUUGGAGUAUUGGAAGGGAUUCAGAUUUAUGGGAUGAUCCAUUGUCGUUCAAUCCAGAUCGUUUCAUAGGAAAUAAUACGGAUUACCGUGGGCAACAUUCUCAAUUCUUACCGUUUGGAGCUGGAAGACGUAUGUGUGCUGGCCUUCCAUUGGUUCACCAAAUUCUUCCCAUUGUGGUUGGGUCAUUGCUCCAAUCUUUUGAUUGGACCCUUGAAACUGGCGUCACACCUGAAUCCAUAGACAUGGACGAAAAAAUAGAGACGUCACUGAAAAAGUCCAUUCCUUUAAGAAUAAUACCAAGAGCAUCGGUUCUUGCAGUGUGAUUUCAAAUACUCGACAACAUUGGAAUUACAACCAUUGAACUUUAAAAUUCAAUUUCCCCUUAAUCAUCUUGUUUCAUGACCCAACAAAUGUUUCCCCUAAGAUUGUGUAUUCUUGUCAAGCUAUAUAAAGAAGUUAUUUCAGGUGCUU